UCAAGAGGCGAUAUUCAUGGAUCAAAUAUUUCAGAUACGAUGCUUCCUUUUCAUCUUCCUCAAUAUCGUCGAUUUCUAACGAAAUCACAUGCUAGGCUUCCUCUUCGUCUUGUUCGAGAUUAGAGGUUCUGAAGCAAACAUGUCACCCAAUAAACUAAAUUGGCGAUUUAGAUGGAAACAGGCUUCAUCAAAGCGAGCUUCAAAAAAUGCAUCAAGUUCAACUAGCUUCUCCGGUCAAAGAGACUUGCAUAGUCUACCCUGUUGAAGAAAACAUAAUGGUCAGAGGUAACAAUAACUACUGAUAUCUCACAAAAGAUUGCAUCAUUCUGUUUUGGAUUUGGAGAUAUGAUAAUUAAUAGGCACUAAUGAUGAUAGGGGCUGGCAUAAACCUUGUCAUUAAAUGUUUGUAUAUGCAACCUUAUCACAUUCCUUAGAAAGCCUCUGCAGCUCAUCUCUAAGCAAGUGAUUCAAUUCUUAGUGCCUCUACUCUACUCUAGCCUGUAGCUCUGCACACUCAGCCUGGUGAUAAAGCCUAAUUCUUCUGCUGCCUCAAAAAUAGUGGUGCUGCCAACAAUGAUGAGAAACGAGGAAAUGACAAAUGAAAAUUUAGUUCAGAUUGCGCGAGUACUGAGGAGAGACAUGACUCACAUGAGGAGGCAAUCUAAUAGAGCAUCAGCUAGAAGGUCAAGAUUGUGUCGGCAGGCUGAGUGUGCCGGAUGUGCAGAGGUACACACUAGAUUACAAGCGUUACGAAUGGAGAAUCAGUUUCUUAGAGAAUCUCUGAGGUGGCUGUACGAUGAAUGGGACAAGAUUUCCUAUGCCAACAUGUUAAUGAAGGGUGAGUUAAGCAAGCUUGCUGGACCGGAGAAGCUCCCUGAACUUGAUGUAUUUCUUCGAUCUCCAUUCACAGAAGGCUGAAGGUGGCAGUUAUGGUUGUUGUUGGAGUUCGUUACUAAGAUGCUAAAAUUAGGACGGAAACUCCUUGAAUAAAACCCAAAUGAUUGUGGAAACUCAAAUGCACACCUUCAUUUUGCACCUUUUAUUUUGUUCAUCACAUCUAGACAUAAAAGUCUGGUCUGAAUGAUGGUUGUGGUUGAAGUUUAUAUUAUCGGGCGAAAUUUGAACGAUGCUAUGUGUUGCCUGUUGAUGCU